GAUUACUGUACACCGUCGCUGGGAAUGUCAAAGACCAUAUGAUUUCCAAAAAUAGGUACCGAGUGUUUGAAUUCAAAUUUAAAAUUAUUUAUGAUUUAUCAAGUGAAAAAUAACAGUCAUCUUUGAGCUCGUAGAUAAUGCACAGCAAUUCGUAAAAGUGCUUACAACCUUAGGUUUGAUGAUGCUUUUUGAACAAUAAUUAAAAUAAUUGCUUCAAAACAUUUACCUUUCAUUUUUCAAGGCUUGAUGUGCUUCUAUUGUUCGUAGCUAAAAUGAUAACAGUCGAAUUGCCUCUGUUGCUGGUUUUCUUCUCGUUUAUGUUCACAAGCUCUGUCUACACAAACCUAGUGAUAUACCGUACCUGUUAUACAAUAUUAGGUUACAACCAAUCAGAAUGUGCCUUACUGGGAAACGUCGACAACAAUAUCACAGAGCAUUUAGAAAAGCUGGUCGAACCAGAGGCAAACAUUAUAGGUAUGGUGAAAGGCACGAUAGGUUCGAUUUUUAGCGUUAUCAUUUGUAUAUUCAUCGGACCAUGGUCUGACAGGUUUGGACGGAAACCUGUUAUUGUUGCCAACCUAAUAGGGUUCACAUUGUCGGCCAUUCUAGUAGUUAUAUACUGUUUUUUCGAUAAACUCUCUCCAUGGUACCUGGCUGUAUGUUCGUUGCCAGAAACGCUUACUGGAGGUUUUGCCACCUUGUUUACCAUGAUUAUAUCGUAUAUGGCCGACACUAGUACUGAAGAUAACAGAGCAAUGAGAAUGGUGGUUUUUGAAGCCGUACUCACAGUAGGAUCUCUGAUGGGAGCAAUUCCAAGUUCCUAUGUUUUUUAUUUGACCAGCUACCAAGCCAUAUUUGGUAUAGCAGCAAUAUGCCACAUUAUAGCCGUAGUUUAUACCUGGUUUUUUGUACCUGAAUCUGUGACAAAUGCUGAGACCGAGAAUAAAGUCGGUGAAUUUUUCAUCUUGGAUAAUGUUAAAGAUAUGGUGAAAGUGGCGGUGAAAAAACGUGAACAUUCUAAAAGAGCAGUUAUAUGCUUAUGUGUUGGGAUAUUGACCGUGUAUAUUUUCAUAAUAAACGGAAAUACGCUAACAUUCCAGUAUUUAAGAGAGAAGUUCGGCUGGACACUGACGCGGUACACAAUAUUUUCAAGUAUCGAGUCUGUUGUAUGGACCAUAGGAUCUUUCCUAGCCACUUACAUUUUGCACAAAGUGCUAAAAGUGACAGAAUCUGUUCUGAUAUUAGUUGGAUGUAUAUCAAUGCUGAAUACAUCGCUGUUAUUCGCGUUGGCUAGGAGCAAUGCUGUUAUAUACGCAACACCCGCCGUGAAAAUCCUAGGAAGCCUGAUUAGUCCUAUGGUCCGAACGCUGGUAUCAAACAUGGUAGAUCAUGAAGAAGUGGGCAAGUUAUUUUCCCUGAUAAAUUCGAGCGAGUUUCUGCUUGGUAUUGGUGCUGGACCUUUGUACACGUUAGUUUAUAAUAAGACAUUGGAUACUGACGCUGGACUUUACAAUUAUCUUUCAGCGGGACUUUUCGGGUUGAUGAUAUUGAUGAUUGGGUCUGUAAUAAGCUUACAACUCAAGUCUUCUAUCCCGACCACAAUUUAUGAACAGCUAGAUGAAGAAUCAGAAUCAACAGCUGCUACUGGCUUUCAAUCAAACGCCCCAACAGGCCAUUAAGAAAUAUCACUACUACUAGUAUUUUGAAAUUUGGUACAUACUGGCAUUUCAGGCCAUCUUUUCCCAAAUGUCGAACAAUAAAGAGGAAUUUUAAACAUAUGUGGUUUGAUUCGUCCAGACAAAUAUAGGGGCUUAUCAACAUUAAAACCACAGGAUAAGUUUCGGAUGCUUCAUUAACCUCCCCCUUCUCUAGAAAUAGCGGAAAUGUCCUGACGUAUAUCGCCUUGCCGACGGUAAUGGUGAGCAAGCCAGACGGAUUUAUCACCAGAGAUAUCCCGAUCGUGCUUUGCCAGAUAGUCGAACCUUUUCUAAUAUUCAUCGUCGUCUUGUUGAAACUGAUUCUGUACGAAAAGGAACAUCUGAAGGUAGACCUCUGAGUGUGAGAACACCUUAAAUUGAGGAAGCAGUGCUGCACGAAGUCGAAGAACAUCGUGAAACGAGUACGAGGAAGAUCGCUAGACACUUAAAUAUUUGCCUCAAAUUGUUUGUAUAACCAGCAUGGACCAAACGUCAAUUAUGAGAAAAUUCUAGAAACCGGGGUGAUAUUUUUGAUAUAUUGUUUUACAUGUAACUACAUUAUCCUUUGU